UUAGUUUUUGGAUAUCCGGCGAAGGAAACAAACAAACAAAGUCAACAGUGAAAUUGAGAUUUGAGAGAGAAAGAAAAACAGAGAGAUGGAGUCGCCUUACAAAUCAGAUAUACUGAAAGGGAAGGUUGCUCUUUUGACCGGAGGUGGUUCAGGAAUUGGGUUUGAGAUCUCCAAGCAAUUCGGAUUGCAUGGAGCUUCCAUCGCCAUUAUGGGCCGCCGUCAACAAGUCAUCGACUCCGCCGUCUCCGAUCUCCACUCUCUUGGAAUUCAGGCAGAUGGGUUUGCGGGCGACGUUCGCAAACAAGAAGAUGCAAAAAGAGUCGUUGAAUCAACAUUUAAAAGAUUCGGCAAAAUCGACAUUCUUGUAAAUGCUGCAGCAGGAAAUUUCCUAGUAUCAGCUGAUGAUCUAUCUCCAAACGGGUUCAAAACAGUUAUGGAUAUUGAUUCAGUUGGCACGUUCACAAUGUGUCGUGAAUCAUUAGAAUACAUUAAGAAAGGUGGAAAAGGAAAAAGCUCAUCUGAUGGUGGUGGAAUAAUAUUGAACAUUAGUGUUACUAUGCAUUACACAGCUUAUUGGUAUCAAAUCCAUGUUUCUGCAGCCAAAGCUGCUGUUGAUGCCAUAACCAGAAACUUGGCACUUGAAUGGGGCACCGAGUAUGAUAUAAGAGUGAAUGGAAUCGCGCCUGGCCCGAUUGGCGAUACCCCGGGAAUGAGUAAGCUCUUGCCAAAGGAGAUCAGGGACAGCCAAUAUAUUGAGUCUAAUAAAAUUGGGGAGAAAUGGGAUAUUGCCAUGGCUGCAAUUUAUCUUGUUUCAGAUGCAGGUAAAUAUGUCAAUGGCUCGACGCUUGUGGUUGAUGGAGGACAUUGGUUUGACAAACCUCGUUAUCUGCCUAAAGAUGCAGUGAAGCAGUUAUCACGGGUUGUGGAGAAGAGAUCGAGACAAGAGCCUUCAGGACUAGCACCACCGAAAAGUAAACUUUGAUUUUUAAGCCUGUAAUUCAGAUGGACUAACUUGAUUUUGUGUUAUAAGAUGCUUGAUUUUUGCAAUUGUAUUGUACUGGAUUUUGACAUCUAUUUUUGAAUUAGUCGAAUCCC